AUGGAAUGCGUAAAGUGUUCUGUAUGUCAUCGGAAAUUUGAUGAUACAACUCUUCUUUCCCUUCAUCAUGAAUAUGAAAUAUGUUUUGAUAUAAAUUCUUCAUCACUACCCGAAGCAAAUUUUAGUUGUCCAUUAUGCAAUAAAAGAUGUUAUGAUCCUCUUGUUCUACAAAUUCAUGUUAAUGAAGUUCAUGAUCAAGUUCCCGUGCAGAUAUCAGAAUCACAACCACCACCACCAACAGCAGCGGCAACCUCAGAUAGUUUAUAUGCUCAAGAUUUAGAAAGACGCGAACGCAUGAAACGUCAAUAUGAACAACAAGCAACUUCAGAAGUUUGUGUUGAACAAUGGCAAGAAGAUGAAGAUGCUCAUAUAGCUCGUAUGCUUCAAGAAGAAGAAAAUGCACAAUCAUUUGAAGAAUUUCAGAAUCGACAUGGUGGAAGUACACGAACAUUUGCUGAACGAGCACGAUGGAAUCUAGAUAAAAUCUAUAAGAACAAAUCUAUUUCACAAGCAAAAUAUGAAGAAUAUAAAAUGAAAUUAGAUGAAAUGAUUGCACAACCAAUAGAAACAACUGAAUCUAGAUCAACAGACAUUAUUCCAAUGAUUUCAAAAUUACCUAUGGGUAAUAUUCUUGAUCGUCGUCUAUGUCGACCAGGCUGUGAUCAUAUAAGUGCAACAUGGCUUGACCAAGGCUGGGCAUGUGGAUAUAAAAAUUUUCAAAUGUUACUCUCAUCACUUCGUUCUGAUCCUCAAUACUCAAUGCAUUUAUUUGGUCAUGAUGUAUCUAAUCAAGUCAAUCGUGAUAUACCAUCUGUUAGUUUUUUACAAAAAUUAAUUGAAAAAGCUUGGACAGCUGGAUUUGAUAGUGAUGGACGACAACAAUUUAAUAAUCAUUUAGUUAAUUCUACUAAAUGGAUUGGACCAACAGAAAUUAUGGCAUGCCUUGGACACUUAAAUAUAAAAACUGAAUUAUUUGAUUUUCAUCAACCAAAAAAUAUUGAGAAAUCAAUUGCUUAUAAAUAUUUAUUUGAAUGGGUGCGAAAGUACUUUCAACAACAGCAACAGCAACAAGAAAAUAAAAAUAAUAAUAUUAUUCAUCCACUCUAUUUACAACAUGAAGGUCAUAGCCGUACAAUUAUUGGUUAUGAACAAUUUCGUGAUGGUAACAUUCGUCUGUUAAUAUUUGAUCCAAGUACACCAAAAUAUAAGGUUGAAAAGUUCUGUAAGAAUCCUUAUUCAGAAGCAUAUAUAUUCCGCCGAAAUUUACACUCAUUUCAAAAACCAGUUUAUCAAAUACUCGCUGUUCGAGGAUUAAUUCAAUCAGAUGAAAGAGAAGCCUCUAAAAGAGUUCGUUCUAUUAAAGUACCAUUACCAAGUGCACGAUGA